AUGAUGCCUUGGCCAAACGGGGAGGGGGCGGAAGGCCGCGGAACCGUCGGCGGCACACACUCCGGUGGCCAUGAGGACAGAGUAUGUGUAGCAUCGGAAAGCCCCGCCCGAUACCGGGGUACGAGGUCGAGCAGCAACAACAGGUUCAGCCUUGUCGCCGCCACGCCGGAUGUAAAUAUCAGCGACUACCAACCGCUGGAGGUCCCACGGACCACGACAGUGCGCCAUGUGACGAUGAGCAACGGCAGCGGUCUGCCAUUGCAGCGGACCUCUGCGUCGGAAUUUUCAAGCCUCGCCGGCAUCAGAAGCCUGCGCAGUGGCGCCAACACCUCGGCCGCCUCCGAAGACCUGCCGCUGCCCGUGCUGACAGUGCUACCCUUCUCCUCCGCCUCGAGCGUUACCAAGUCAGCCGGUAGUACCCGCGUUGGUGUGGAGAGCGGCACCGGCGGGUCUGGUGCCGCCACCACGGGUGCUGCAGCGACGACCACAAGCAUCGGCCCGGGUACCUCGUCCGCUGGUCGCUCAAUGACGCUACUGGAGCGUCGAAACAAUCGCGAGCGCAGCGCUCUGAGCCUCUCAUGUCUGUCAGGGCUGAAUGUAGAGAAGCUUCAGGAGAGUAUGCGGGAAACUAGUCUCGUACUGAAUUCUCAAGAAACACCAGUGCCUGUGUCGCAGGGAUGGUCGAAGACUGUCGCCUCGGCGGCGCUGCUGAGUGAUUACGCCAUGCCAUCUGUGCACGCGUCGCCGUCGGGCGCGCGAGACGUGCCCCACUCCAUGGCCGCGCACUCGGCGCGGCAGGCCACCGCCAAGUUUCAGGGUCAGGCGCCGCGACCCCCCAGCAGCGGCGAAGACGGCAGCGGGGCCCGCCGCAGUCAUCCCAUUUCCACCUCGGAUUCCAGAACGAUCGACACGAUACCUGGAGCGCUAAAGGUAAUCGGGUACAACAUCCUGGCGAGUCGGCUAGCGUCUACCGACUUGUACCCCGCCUGCCCACCGUCGGUGCUGAGUGAAGAGUACCGACUAGAGCUCAUCAAGGAAGAACUCCGAUGUGUUGACCCCGACAUAUUGCUCUUGGAGGAGAUCAGCGUGGCGGUGCACGAGCGCACUCUCGGGCCUUACUUGAGAACGGCGUUCGGGAUGGAGGGGCAUCAUGUGGUCAUCACGGAUCGAAAUGGAACUCCUCGCUGCGCUCCGCUGACGCAACAGUCCAAGACGGCAGCCGCGUUCUCGCCUGCUCUUGCGAUCCCUUUUGGAAUCCCCUGCAGCGCUGAGAAGAGGCCGAACUCGGUGAGCAUGACGGCUGCAUUAGCCGGAGCGGCGGCGUGCAAUGGUGACGCUUCCGCUCGGUCCGGCGCGGCCGGAGGUGCCGCGAACAGCUCCGGCGACGUUGAAAAGAGGAGCAACUCGCCCCAUCUGCCUCAGCUCACCGAAACGAGCUGGAGCCGCCGCUCCAGUCGGCGCAGCAGUGGCGCUGUCGCGUCUCGAUUUCCCGAGGUCACGUGCGGCACCCCGGCCAUUUGGCAGAAACGUGGCGAGGCGUCUCUCUCCCAGCACUCACAGCCGUUCAGCAUGCCGCCACAGGAGAUGUCGUGCUCCUCGCUCGAGGACCCACACGUCAAGCCCAAAGCAACGAUGGAUGAGGAAUCGAUGCAGCGAAGUUACAGCGCAGUGGAGCUCACCCAAGGUGCUACAGCGCGGGUGAAGCGGCAGACGGUGGGGUCUGGAGCGCCGCCGGCAGUACUUCGCGCGGAGAAGACCGCGGAGGAGGCCCUCGGCCACCGGCGAGUGGAAAUGGAUGGGGUGAGCAUCUUUUACAAGGCGGCACGGUUCCGUGAGCUAGAGGUGAUGCCGGUGCUCUUCAACCGUCUCGCCGCCGCGGAGAAGCGACUCACCCACUACGAGCACAAGAAGCUUCAGGUGGACUCGCACAAUGUGGCCCUCGUUGUGGUGCUGCAGGAUAUGCAGGUGAUCGGGGCAUCUCGCAUAUACGUGGUGGCUGCUGUGCAUCUCAUCUGGCAGCGCAUCAACGCGCAGCUGUGGCAGGCGCAUCAGCUCCUCCGCGUCAUGGAGGGACUGAAGCACAAGUACUCCAAGGGCUACGUGGACCUCGUGUACCCAAGUGGCCGAGGCUCCAUCGCGUGCGACAGCGCAGUCACCCAGCCGCCGAGCAUCAUCGACACCCCGCUGAUGCGAGAGGGAACGCGGCGGCACGUGCAAGACGACGUCGCACCUCAGCCAUCGCUACUAACGCCGCUACCGCUGCAACAGCCGCGCGCGCUGUCUGCGCGGUGCCAAAGCAUAGUACCCAGCCGCGCAACUACUGAAGCCUCCGACCUGGCUGGAGACAGCGACGGUAGCAGGCUCUUCAACGUCACUGCCACCGAUCGCAUGCGCUGUAGGUACGCGAGCGUGUGCUCUGGCGUUGCCUCAUCGCCUACAUCGUCCGUCACAUGCAUUAUCGGCGGCGACUUUAAUUCCGAGCGCAGCGGGCCGGUCAUGGAGUACUUGCGCACCGGCAGGGUGCCUGGGGGAGCGGAGGUGAUGAAAUACUGGCGAGCACUCAAGUCGGAGUCGCCGGCGCCGCUCGACCACACGGAUGAGCGCGGCACUGGUCGGGCGACUGGCAGGGAUGCGGUGAAUGCGCUGCGCCACACGUCUCCAACCCCGCCAAAGGUGCCGCCACCAACACUGUGUGGUGUGCUGAGCGCCGCGAGGCAGGAGAUGAUCAGGAUCUCCCCGCGCAACUCUAUGCACUCCUCCUUAUGUUCUAUGGGCUCGCCACCGUCGGCGCUGCCGCGCCGCGCGACCAAGUCUCCGCCCUGCGACUCCGUGAGCGACGCUGCUAGUCGUGCUGCGAGCGGUACUGAGGCAGGUGACAGCCUCUGCCUCCAUCAGCCAUACACCCCACUCAGCAAGCGGCCAUUCAAUCUCUACCCUGGCCGCGUCCCGGACGGCGUGCUGUCCUCGCACGAUAGGGCAGACAAUCCGCUGCGGUGCCGGCAAAAGUUGGCGGAGGAUACCAUGGUCGCCGCUUCAACGUCCCCGCGAAGGUCUUUCCCGACACGGAGUCCACAGGCCGCCGAGAAUGGCCUCCGCUUCAACCGAGGAAGCACCUUCCCGACUGUCUUGUCAACGUCGAGUAGCCUCAUCGACACGGCGAGCUCUGGCUGUGAUGAUGGCCGUGGUGGUGACAGCAACCUAGCAGCGGUGGCCGCGUCGUCAUCGCAGUAUGUGCCGUGUUCUGCGUCGUCGAGCCCCGCUGGCUGUUGCAGUCCGGAUGCUGAGCUGCCACUGCUGCGACACUCAAUGUCGACGAACAGGGCUUUCACUGUAGAUGCCGCUUCCCCAGCCUCCGCACCGCAGACCUCGCCGUCGUCUGCGCGGCAGAACGGAGACUCCGCCCCCAUCCUCGAAAACCACCGCGUGUACACACGACGACGCACCUUACCGGACAUGAACAACAUCGAGAGUGGUACGCUGGAACAGUCCUGUAGCCGCAGUGCCAGCGAGUGCGGAAGCGUGCUGAGCACUGCGUUUCCCACGAGCUGCACGAUGCGACUCGCCGUGCACACUCGUCACGACACACUCAGCGUGGAGUUGGGCGAGCCUGACUGGGAAGACGAGGAAAGCCGUGGACGGACCCCCACACUGGGCGAUGCAACCAACGGUGCAUCUUCGGCGCAGCCGAGCUCCUCUCAUAAUCACAAGGAAGGGUUGGGUGGUGCAAACGGGGUCGUUGAGAAAGGAGAGGUGAACGCGAAGCGGCGGCAUCGCAUCCACGUGGUGACAAACUCCGCAGAUGCGAACUGCGUCGGCAGUGGUAGCAAUUCCUUAGCGGCCUUGAACUACGGACCGGUGUUGGGUGACCACCGGUUAUCCUUGCACGGCGACCCGGCGACGUCGGCGUCUCCGCGCGCACGUCCGAAGCGGCGGUCCGCCGUCGUGGCAUCCGGGGACGAGGCACCAAGCCUUCUUUCACCACAAGCCGCGGACCAUUUCUCUUCCCAGACCUCGCCGCAGUCGCCGUCAGCGGUAGACUACGAGUUCACGUGCUCGAACGUGUCUACGUCACCAUCGGCGUCCCCCUUCUGCCUGCCUACGCUAAUCGCCAAGAGCGACUACACCCCGUCCAGCCCGCCAGUGCUGCUCAUUGACGACGUCGUGCACAAGAUCCGCUUGAGUGACGCCUAUGCUCCGUAUUGCUACCGCCAUCCUUCCUAUGUGUCGGCGGUGAACCCGUCCACGAACAUGGAGGGUAAGGUGCUCGACCACAUAUUAUACGAGGAUGAGCAUGUUGUGUGCGGCGGGGUGCUGCGGCUCGGCGAGCGACAGGAGCUUCCGAAUGCCCGGGUGCCAAGCGAUCACUAUAUGAUCGGGAGCGUGCUGGUCCCGAUCCAGGAAUUGCACCGGGCUUGA